GUGUUUGCGAAGCCUGGAACGACCAAUUGAUUGGCAGGUGAGAACGACAAUGAGCUCGAACCAUGCACAAGUGCCCUCCAUGCUGAUGAGCCCGAAGAAGGCUCGAAGAAUAUCUGCCAAACCGACAAUUAUUACACCUUACUACUCGGAGAAGCUGUUUGGGUCGUCAAUCGGCAACAGAACGACGUUGCUGCCGACGUACAGAGAGAUUGGACCUCCAGACCUGGUUCACUUGUCGACGUCCAACAGGGCAUCGCAGAAAGAAGACGGCCAGUACCAUUACAUCACAGGUAUCGAUCUCAGCUCCACGGUGGCUCCCCAGGCAUACAUCCAGAUGUUGAGCUUACCAUUGGACGUGUCCGUGAAGCACCCAGCAAUCUUCACCUACUGCUCGUUCAACAGCUUUAGCAAGUGUGAUGUUCGGAUCAAGAUUGAGUGUCCGGAGGCUGAACAAGGCCAGUUCCAAUUGACCGUGCUACCAGCAGACAGGUUCCAGAAGACGGCUCCAGAGGUUAGCGACACCAUGUGGACUGAACUGUUUGUGUCCUGUGUUGUGAGAAGCGUCAUCAUUGGGUUGGGCAAGGAGAGGAAGUUCCCUGGCUUGGUGGAGAAACAGCUGUUCCAAUCAAAGCACCAAAUCUCCGACCUUAUAACGAAGCUGGUGUCGAUGCUGCCUAAAGGAAUGCUCCUAGGUGCUGAAGAUACCGUCCAGAAGCCAACUCUGUGGGAAAACUACCUCGUUGACACCCUCUGCUACGUAGUAGAGGUCUCUGGCGAGUUCAAACAUGCAAUCCAGAGGAUCCAGGCGUUGCCAUUGGACUUGACACCGAUAAUCGCAAGAUUAUUGUGUCUAAUGGACAACGAGAUAGACGCCAUCAAAUACCUGAACAGGGCAAUCAAGGUGAAACCUCGUGAUUCGCUGUUAUUGAACGAACAGAUCAAGUUUCUCGUCGAGAAGGACCAGCCUCAAUUGGCGUUGCAAUGUGCGCUGGAAUCGGUGAAUUGCAACCCUAUAUCCUUCAAAUCCUGGUACUGGCUUGUGCUUUGCCACCUGCUCAAUGACGACUUGAACUCUGCCUUGAUUGCGCUCAAUUCCACGCCAAUGUAUGCGCAGAGACCACGAGAUUACAUUCCUAUUGACGUGAAGGACUCCUUACUCCUGCCUGAACCUACUGAAGGGAAAGUCCAGUCAGUAUGGGACUCUGCUGUACAGAUAUUUGGUGCAGACUCUGAGAACUUAUUGUUAUUCUCUCCAAAGAUUGAAGUGGAAGCCGUGGACCCGGCCUUGAAGAGGGUGAACUUGCACCUCUUGAAAGGCACUCAUAAAGGUGCCUACAAUCUGCUGGUCUGGAUGAUUGUGAAAGCCGGCUGGGACCAGGUACUCAAGGCAAGGGCAGAGGUGUUCAUCAUGGACGAGGAGUACAAGACCAUGUCCACCGUGACAUUGCACUCACAGGCGAAGCCGAUGGAUAUCAGAAAGAAGAGACAAUGCGAACGCUGGCUAGACGAUCUGUUCCUGAUCAUCUAUGACGACCUGAGAAUCACACUCAUCGUGGAGAAUGAGCUGAACGCUGCUAAGCAGCUGAAGCACAGUGCACUGGAAUGGGAACUGAUCGGGUUGACCUCGUAUAGAACAGCCCAUUAUAAGAGCGUUGUCCCUGCUUUGAGAACCACGCUUGGAGCAAAGUUCGACAUCGUUGCGGCUCUCAAACUGCUCAAGAUGUGGGAGUUGCACGUGCUCGAGCCUCAAGCGAAUAAGCUGCGCUGGCUCAAGAAAGACACUCCUCUGGACUUGACCUUGACGAUAGUAUUGGAGAUCUUGAUCCAGGUGAUCAGUUACAAUGUUCGAUUCUAUAACGAAUUCCAGUUGGAGGUGCUGCUGUUCUUGAAGAAGUUGUGUGAUAAGUUCGACAAGGACUUCAUAAAGAACAAGAUCCAAGUGUCAUUUGAGAAUGACAACGAUGACUUGACCAAUUGUGGUGUUAUUCCACCGUUCGAUAACCUAAUUAGCAUUCUAGAUACGUUCGAUAACUCUUGAGAUGAUGUUAUCGUCCUGGCAAAAGUUACUGAUUUUAUACACAUGUUUCUCGUCCUUUCUCGUGUUAUCCAAUUUGUCUUCUAUCUGAACAAAAAAUAACAAAACAUGAGAGUGGGCUUUAUAUAAACGACCGUUACAGUUACAACUCUUCACCUUCACGUAGUGCAAUGUCAGCUGGUUUGUAGUCCAUGAAGAAAUACUUCAAGACGAGUUCGAUGGCCCAUGCAACCACCAGAUCUAAGACAAGAGUGAUGGUCAACUUGGUCUUGAAGACUGAAUCCAUUGGAACAAAUUUCAUAGCGUCGUUCAACUCUGGGAUGAACUCUGUGGAACCUGCCAAUGCCAAACCAGCAACAGAGAUCAGUCCAUAGUACAUACCCUUGUUCUCAGUGAUGGACU